AAUUUUGAGCGCAUUUUUCAGCUUCUUUCUUUUGCGUUUUAUAGCGUUAUUAAUUUAAAUGUCUCGCUUUUCCAUAAUUAUCAUUUUACUCGCAGGAUGGGCAAAGCACGUAUAAUAGUUAUUAAAAACAUUCCAAAAUAAUGCCAGCUUUUAUUAUGUUCACCUCGUUGGUUUUAUUUAUUUUGUCUAGACGAGCGCUCUGUGCUUUUAUUAUGUGUUGUGCCGAGGCCGCGGUCUGAUGACGUGUUUCCGCUUCGGCGCGAUUUGAAGCGGGGAAGCAGCGCGAGACGUUCGAACGAACGUGAGAUGACGUCUCUGACCCGAGCUGAUGAUGAUGAUGGUGAUGUUCCCGCUCUCACACGCUCCUGGCCCUCGUCUCCUCUCUCAGCUCUGUCCUCAUCUCGUCAGGUCACCGCACGUCUCUACAGCUCCCUACAGCACAGCCGAGAGCAAGAGGUCAAAGGUCACGUGGCCAGGCAGGUGUCGUUCGCUCUGUCCUCUCCUGAUCUCACUGCUGUCAGGACGACUGUAGCCACACCCACUCUCCUCUCUCAUAGGCUGGAGGACCUCAGCAUGGACUCCACCUCCUCCUCACAUGAUGUGAUUGGCUCAGGAGUGGAGGGGGUGGAGUUAGAGGCAGAUGGAGAGAUGGACCUUCAUCAGCUGACAACUGGCAAGAAGCACAUAGAGGAGAUGGAGAGUGUAAGAACACACUUACAGUCCAUUCUAAGAAACACACCGACAUCAGCAGACAGACACGAUUUUCUGGCCCCAGCAUCGCAGCACUUCCUGGAUGAUUCCCUCGAGAGCGACGUCACAUCACACCUGCUCAGUGCUGGGCUGUCUGUGGGUGGCGUGGAGCAGCUGUUUCCUCGUUAUUCUCGUCUUCACACAGAUGUUAGUGGUGCUGGGUCAGAGCUGCAGGUGCUGAGAGAGAGUCUGGAGCUAGAGAGAGAGCGCCGGAAGGUGUGUGAGCAGCAGGUGGCGUCUCUCCACAGUAAAGUUCUUCAGUUUCAGCAGCAGUUAACACUCGCUGUAGCCGCUGACCGCAAGAAAGACAUCAUGAUCGAACAACUCGACAAGACGCUGGUGAAAGUGGUCGAGGGCUGGAAGAGACAUGAUCAGGAGCGAAACAAGGAGAUGAAACACCUGCAGGAGGAGAAGGAGACAGCAGAGAGAACACGCAACACACACAAACAGGCUCUGUCCCGUGUUGAGCAGAAUCUCUCUCAGGUAGAAGAAAAACUAAACCAGGAGCAGAAACACAAGCAGGAGUUGCAGAAGACCAACAAACACCUGGAGCAGGAGGCGUGUGAGCUGCGUCUGCGUCUGAAGGAGCUCCAGCAGGAGGAGCAGAAGCUGAGCAGAGAUGCAGACAGACUCCGAGAGCAGCUGCUCCAGCUCCAGACGGAGUCACAUGACACACAGACACACACACAGCAGCUCCAGCAGCAGCUCACACACGCCACGCAGCAGCUGCACGCACAUACGGAGCAGGUGAGACAGGAAGUGACCGCUCGAGAAGAGGCCGAGAGCAGGACACGCCAGAUACAGGAAGAGCUGGAGCAGAUCAGGAGAGAGAGAGACACUCUGAGAGUGGACCGAGCGCUGGAGCAGACGCGGUUUGAGGCACAGAAGUCUCGGAUGGAGGCGGAGUUUCGUCUGUCAUUAGAGCGGCAGAUCAAUGAGAGACUGACGACCAUCCAGGAGGAGAACACAACACACAACACACAUCUACGACAACAACACAGGAAGCAGCUGCUGGAUCUGAGUGCUCGGCACGAGCGGGAGCUGGCGGCUCAGCUGGAUGAGUUUAGAACACAGCUACAGGAGAAGGACGACAAGCUGCAGCUUCUCACACACAGCUACCAGCACAAACUGUCAGAGAUGCAGGAAGAGCUGGUUUCCAUGGCGGCGUCCAAAAGGAAGCUGGAGACACAGAGGGAGGAGCUAGUUUCCCGCUUGCAGGGAAUGAUGCGCUCCCAUUGGGCGGAGGCUUUGAGGUUGUUGACCAAUCAGGAGCAGAUGGAGAGUUUCUUAUCACCCGUCCCUCAGUGGGAGGCGUCCAAAGCAUCGUCUUCUCCUCCUAAAGCUGACACGCAGGCGUCAGCUCCGCAGGCCGUGGUCCUGCAUCUGACCAGAGAGAGAGAGAGGAGAGAUCACUCAGAGACGGGACUGUUGAACCUCAGCACUUCAUUCUGUCCACUAGAACCAGUGCUGGAGCACACGGACGUGACGGCGCUCAGUGACUGCAGUGGAUUGUGGGUCAGGCCUGUGUUCUCAGAGAACGAGAGGAGGGAGGAGACGAGAGUCGAUCACAGUCAGACACAUGGCCACGCCCCAGACACACGGACCAAUCACAGCACCAGCACAGAUAGAAGGGGUGGGGCUUCCGGACUCAAAUCAGAGAAGGCCCCGCCCACCAGAGACGAAGCUCCGCCCAGCACGAAUGAAGAAAGACAGAGUGAGCUGCAGUACUAUGUGUCAAAGCUGCUGGAACGCUCCCCCGGUGACCCCGUGGACGAGCCAAUCAGAGAGCUUCAACCUGAGUCUGAUCAUCAGCUGAGUGAACCCAGAUCAAACCUGCAGCAGAAAACAGAUCCACGAGACAAACCAGAGGUGUGUGUGUCGUCUCGAAGCGGUCAGUCGUCUCGAAGGCCCGUGACUCGUAGAGGAGGACCUCAGAGAGUCUGGAGAUGACCUUGUUUUAUUCACUUGUUUAUGUGCUUUUUUAUAUAUUUGAAAUAAACGCUCCCGUCUUAAA